AUGCAGAAUCCUGAAGCACAAGUGCACCGCAAGAAAGCUGGUGGAUUUCGUGGCCAACUGUUUUCUGAAGGGAGGGAAAAAGAAGUCAGCUAUAUACUAUAUGAUAUUUGGAACAUCAAGUACUUGACCAAGUUCAAAUGGGAUGAUCAUACCGAAGAGAUCGAAGCGGAAGAAUCAGGUAGCAAUGCAGAAGCAGCACCAGUCUUCCCGUCUAGGGUUAUUCGUCAGUUCAGACAGAAGAAAUCAAUUAACAAUGAGACAUCUCAGAGAAAACAUGGACUCUCCACUGAUGUAUUUGGCGGUUCUUAA